UUCACUGCCCUUGAAGAUUUACACAAAUGCGUGAGAUAAUUCAAUUAUAUGCCUAUAAUCAUGCCAUACUGCACACGGACUGGUAACUGUUUCAAAAUGAGCCAAUCAGAUUGCUUGUUUUGUGUUUAUAUUACCGGUGGUUUCUCUCCAGUGUUUGUCGCGGUUGCACUAAUAUAGACUAUACAAAUAACGCCAGUAUAAAUGCUGUACAAAUCCCUUGGUUUACUUUUCAAGUCUGCUACAUAUACACUUUGGCUAGCUUACGUCGUGGUGAGCUCUACAGCGCGCAUAAUGGCGUGGAUUUUUAGCACGCUAUUCCGAUACUCAUUUUACGGUUCGACUGCGGCCGGGAUUUCAAAAGAUACAGAACCUUUGCUGCAAUCACGACCCACAAGUAUGGCAGAGCCUCCAGAAUCUUCCUUGCCGCCUCCAGUGCUUGAAAAAUUGCGAGAGUUGAACGCCGAGCUUGCUGAAGGUGAUAUCACUCAGAAGGGAUAUGAAAAGAAAAGAGCCAAACUACUUGGUCCAUACCUGUCAAGAGAUUUAAAUGUUGCUUCACCAAGCAGUCCAAACAUGAAUGAUCACUUUAGUGCUGUUCAAAGGUCAGAGGCCCUUCAGGCAGCCUUGGCAAAAAGACUGACUGUAGCGCAAGAUCCUGACAUGCCAGCUCCAUUCAAAAGACAGUCGCUUAUGAGACGGAAACCAGUAGAGAAUGGUACCCAGCCACAACUUCAUGGAGGCUUUGGAUCUGUCUCUUCACAAGACUCGAUAGGAAACCUGCCACCAAGUGACUACACUCCUCCAGGUUCACUUAGUUCCCAUACCUCAAUCCCUCGGGCAGGCUCUGAGGAAUUUCCUUCUCCUCCUUCUGACAUGUUUUUCCAGCAUCGACAUAGCUCUGGCAGUUUUCCCCCAGUAACCCCUCCCCCAGACUUGACAAGGCAGGCCCCUGCCGAUAAGUUUACUGAUACCAAAGGCAGUCGAGUGAUGCAUAUGUCAUCAGUGCGGACAGUCGAUGAAGAUGACGGCCAAGUAUCAGUGACAAGCAGUAGAGUAUCAACUAAAAUUCAACAGCUUCUCAACACUCUGAAGAGGCCAAAAAGAAAACCACUAGAACAGUUUUACACAGAGGAUGACGACGAACUUCUUGAAGCAACUAAACCCGAUCCAAAUGCACCACGACCAGAGGGACAAACAUUGAGACCUGUCACUGGAGAAUCUCUACAGGUAGCUGAGGAUCUACCCAAAAAUUUAGAGGAGUCUGUGAGCAAGUUUGCUUCAAAAUCUCCAAAAGUUUCCUGCUUUUCUGUUGUGGACAGUCAUGGAAAAACUAACGUCUCUCUUACAUAUGGUAAACUUCUGUCUAGAUCAAUGAAGCUAGCUUAUGCCUUACUAAAUAAGAUUGGCAGUCACAAGGAAGGAACAUCAAUUAUGACAGGGGACAGGGUUGCCUUGGUGUAUCAUGUUGAUGACCCUAUCAAUUUUAUGACAAGUUUUUAUGGUUGUCUUAUUGCUGGAAUAAUACCCGUUCCUAUUGAACCACCUGCAAGCAAAGAUUACCCUGGCUGUCAGCAAAUUGGUUUUCUUCUUGGUAGUUGUGGAGUAUCCUGGGCGCUCACUUCUGAAACUUGUCUAAAAAGUUUACCCAAGGAUGAUACAGGACAUGUCACCACAUUUAAAGGCUGGCCUAAGCUGCAAUGGUUUGUUACAGCAAAUUUAAACAGACAUCCAAAAGAUUGGCAACCACCUUCAAACCUGGACAGAAGUUCACCAGCAUAUAUUGAGGUAUGUGGAUCACUGCAUUACAUGUACAUUCUACACAAACUUUUGGUUGAGACAUUUUUCCAAGUUUUGCAUGAUAUUAUAUUAUAUUUAUUAAUGCUGUUUGUGGGAGAUGCAGUGGGCCACUGGCUUUGGAUUGAGGGGGCAUGUCAAUCCCUGGCCAGGGUCAUUAGCUUUGCAUUGUGUUCUUUGGCAGGACAGUUCCUCUCUCCACCCAGGGCUGCAUGGUUCAAAGUCCAAUUAAUCUUGAGUUUGGAUAAUCUCAAANAUGCGCCAGCGAUGUGGUUACAGAUGGUAACAAAACACAGAGCCACUUGUGCCUUGGUGAGUUCACGAGAUCUUCAUUGGUCACUGCAUGCCAGCAAAGAUGUGAAAGAUAUCAACCUCAGUACCAUUAGAAUGUUGUUACUGGCUGACAGAGCCAAUCCAUGGUCUUUGUCAGCUUGUGACUCUUUUUUAAAUGCUUUUGAGGCUAAAGGAUUAAAGCCUGAGGCUCUUUGUCCAUGUGCAAGUUCUACAGAAACAAUGACAGUUGCCUUAAGAAGACCAGGCAAGCCAGGAACAACUGCCACUGGUCGUGGAGUCCUUUCUCUAUCAGGUCUGAGUCAUGGAGUGGUGAGAGUCGACAAGGAGGGAUCUCUAACGUCACUGACCCUGCAGGAUUGUGGGACACUGGCUGAUAAAAAUUUUUGUAUAAUAUUCUUCUGUUGUUUUUCUCUUGUACAGGUUCAACCUACUUUAGACGAUGGAGCACCAUGGGAGCAGUAUCCUCUGAGUGACUUUGUUAGAACUGGAUUACUGGGAUUCCUAGGACCAGGUGGAUUGGUGUUUGUGUGUGGCACAGCUGAUGGUAUAAUCAAAGUCAGUGGAAGAAGACACAACUGUGAUGAUCUGAAGGCCACAAUCCUAGCUGUUGAUCCAAUCAAAUUUGUCUAUAGAGGCAGGAUUGCUAUCUUUUCUGUCAAUGUUCUCAAGGAUGACAGGAUAGUGGUUGUGGCUGAACAAAGACCACAAUGUACAGAAGAAGAGAGCUUUCAGUGGAUGAGUCAUGUUUUACCCGCAGUUGAUAGCAUUCAUAAUGUUGGUAUUUAUUGCUUGUGUCUUGUAACUCCCGGUGGAUUACCAAAGACAAGUAGUGGUGCUGUGCAUAUUCAUGAGACAAGACAAAAGUUCCUAGACGGAGCGCUUCACCCAGCAAACAUCCUGAUGUGUCCUCACACGUGUGUCACAAACCUUCCUCAGCCAAGACAAAAACACCCUGAGCCUGGUCCUGCUGCUACAAUGGUUGGUAACAUUGUAAUGGGGACAAGAAUAGGAGGCGCUGCAGGGAGGGAGAUAGCAGACAUAGAGGAGGACAGUGAUAUGGCAAGAAAGUACCAAUUUCUGGCAGAGAUUCUUAAGUGGAGAGCACAAACUAUGGCUGAUCACACAUUAUUCACGUUACUGAACGCCAAGGGCACUGUAGCUUCCUUGUUGACUACAAGCCAGCUUCAUAAGCGCGCUGAACGUGUAGCGCAGAUGGCAGUUGAACAAGGUCGCCUCAGUUCUGGUGAUAAUGUCGCACUUCUCUUCACCCCUGGUGUGGACUUUAUAGUGGCGGUCUUUGCAUGUCUGUAUGCUGGUCUCAUUCCAGUUCCCGUCCGUCCCCCUCACACCAACAACAUCAGCUCCACCCUCCCCACCGUCAAAAUGGUUAUCGACGUCAGCAAGUCACGUGCAGUGUUGACCACUCACAACAUCGGCAAGGCGUUAAGAUCUAAAGAAGCUGUGGGAGUGGUGGACAUUAAGUCAUGGCCCACAGUGGUGGAGGUGGAUGAUGCUCCUAAAAAGAAGUUAACAAAUCCUUACAGAGCUCCCACGCCAGAAAUGAUCGCUUAUCUUGAUUUUAGUGUUUCUACAACUGGAAUGCUUUCUGGAGUGAAGAUGUCUCAUUCAGCAGUCACUGCACUGUGUCGUUCCAUGAAGCUCGCUUGUGAGCUCUACCCUUCUCGUGAUAUCGCUGUGUGUCUUGAUCCUUAUUGUGGACUAGGAUUUCUACUUUGGUGUUUGACAGGCGUCUAUUCUGGACACCACACAAUCCUCAUUCCUCCGGGAGACCUGGAGACUAAUCCAGCUCUUUGGUUAUCAGUAGUUAGUCAGUAUAAAGUUCGUGACACGUUCUGUUCUUACCCCGUGAUGGAUUUAUGCACAAAGGGACUGGGACAAUCAAUACCGGCACUCAAGUCUAAGGGCGUCAACUUGACUUGUGUUCGGAACUGUGUUGUGGUUGCUGAAGAGCGGCCCAGAAUAAACCUGACAACAGCGUUUUCAACUCUUUUCUCUGGCCUGGGCCUCUCUCCUCGCGCAGUCAGCACGUCGUUUGGAAGCAGAGCCAAUGUCGCUAUUUGCACGCAGGGUGCCUCGACUCCCGAAGCCUCUAGUGUAUAUGUGGAUACGAAGGCCUUACGAAACGACAGGGUGACGCUAGUGGAACGAGGAAGUCCACACAGUUUAUGCCUCUUGGAAUCUGGCAAGAUUUUGCCUGGUGUCAAAGUAGUGAUUGCUAAUCCAGAAACAAAAGGCAUGUGCGCAGACUCACAUCUCGGAGAGAUCUGGGUCAACAGCCCGCACAAUGGCAGCGGUUACUUCAUGACAGGCGAGGAUUCCCAGACAGAAGAUCGCUUCAACGCUAAACUAACCACUGGGGGCCUGGGAGAGACUGGAGUAACGUAUGCCCGAACGGGGUAUCUGGGAUUCAUCAAAAGAACCGAUUUUACUCAGACCGAUGGAGCUCGGCAUGAUGCCUUAUUUGUGGUUGGCCCGUUAGAUGAGACCAUGAUACUACGUGGUAUGCGGUAUCACCCAGUAGACAUAGAGAACACAGUCACGAGAUGUCACCGAGCAAUCUGCGAAAGGUUAGUGCUUACCUCUCCUCUCCCACCUCCGUUUCCCAUCUACACCUCCGUCCCCCACUCUUCAGUCCCCGAGUGGGAGUGGGGUAAUUAUUUCCAGGUGAUCUCAUCUUGGCGAGAAAAAAUUGAUUUGACAAUGUGCAUAGGUAUGAUAUUUUAUUUCUUUAUAUUCCAGGGCACUGUAGCUUCCUUGUUGACUACAAGCCAGCUUCAUAAGCGCGCUGAACGUGUAGCGCAGAUGGCAGUUGAACAAGGUCGCCUCAGUUCUGGUGAUAAUGUCGCACUUCUCUUCACCCCUGGUGUGGACUUUAUAGUGGCGGUCUUUGCAUGUCUGUAUGCUGGUCUCAUUCCAGUUCCCGUCCGUCCCCCUCACACCAACAACAUCAGCUCCACCCUCCCCACCGUCAAAAUGGUUAUCGACGUCAGCAAGUCACGUGCAGUGUUGACCACUCACAACAUCGGCAAGGCGUUAAGAUCUAAAGAAGCUGUGGGAGUGGUGGACAUUAAGUCAUGGCCCACAGUGGUGGAGGUGGAUGAUGCUCCUAAAAAGAAGUUAACAAAUCCUUACAGAGCUCCCACGCCAGAAAUGAUCGCUUAUCUUGAUUUUAGUGUUUCUACAACUGGAAUGCUUUCUGGAGUGAAGAUGUCUCAUUCAGCAGUCACUGCACUGUGUCGUUCCAUGAAGCUCGCUUGUGAGCUCUACCCUUCUCGUGAUAUCGCUGUGUGUCUUGAUCCUUAUUGUGGACUAGGAUUUCUACUUUGGUGUUUGACAGGCGUCUAUUCUGGACACCACACAAUCCUCAUUCCUCCGGGAGACCUGGAGACUAAUCCAGCUCUUUGGUUAUCAGUAGUUAGUCAGUAUAAAGUUCGUGACACGUUCUGUUCUUACCCCGUGAUGGAUUUAUGCACAAAGGGACUGGGACAAUCAAUACCGGCACUCAAGUCUAAGGGCGUCAACUUGACUUGUGUUCGGAACUGUGUUGUGGUUGCUGAAGAGCGGCCCAGAAUAAACCUGACAACAGCGUUUUCAACUCUUUUCUCUGGCCUGGGCCUCUCUCCUCGCGCAGUCAGCACGUCGUUUGGAAGCAGAGCCAAUGUCGCUAUUUGCACGCAGGGUGCCUCGACUCCCGAAGCCUCUAGUGUAUAUGUGGAUACGAAGGCCUUACGAAACGACAGGGUGACGCUAGUGGAACGAGGAAGUCCACACAGUUUAUGCCUCUUGGAAUCUGGCAAGAUUUUGCCUGGUGUCAAAGUAGUGAUUGCUAAUCCAGAAACAAAAGGCAUGUGCGCAGACUCACAUCUCGGAGAGAUCUGGGUCAACAGCCCGCACAAUGGCAGCGGUUACUUCAUGACAGGCGAGGAUUCCCAGACAGAAGAUCGCUUCAACGCUAAACUAACCACUGGGGGCCUGGGAGAGACUGGAGUAACGUAUGCCCGAACGGGGUAUCUGGGAUUCAUCAAAAGAACCGAUUUUACUCAGACCGAUGGAGCUCGGCAUGAUGCCUUAUUUGUGGUUGGCCCGUUAGAUGAGACCAUGAUACUACGUGGUAUGCGGUAUCACCCAGUAGACAUAGAGAACACAGUCACGAGAUGUCACCGAGCAAUCUGCGAAAGUGCGGUGUUCACAUGGACUAACCUGCUUGUGGUUGUAGUGGAACUUGACGCGGAGGAAAGCGAGGCACUUGACGUCGUUCCCCUUGUGACGUCAUCGGUGUUAAAUGAACAACAGCUGAUCGUGGGGGUGGUGGUGGUGGUAGACCCUGGUGUGGUGCCGAUCAAUUCUCGUGGAGAGAAACAACGAAUGCAUUUGAGGGACGGGUUCCUAGGGGAUCAAUUGGAUCCCAUUUACGUGGCCUAUAACAUGUAGACACUUCUGAGGGUACUGCAUUUAAGCGGUACACGAUCAGUCGUUAAAAUGACUUUCACGUCAGGUUUACGAAUAAACCGUAGGUGUCUUCAAAUUGGCAAUUUGAGCGGUAACUGUUUGUUUGCCUUAUCAAGGGUCACGCGAGAUUUUGAUUCGCUGUGACGUUAUUCAAUGUAUUAAGACACUGCUAACGAUUCAGCUGGUAUUUUCUGUCUUUAACAGAAAACCGCUUUCUGGAGCCUUUCUUUUUGUGCUUUGUUACGUCUGACCGACAUGCACCCCACAUUAAAUAACUUAUGGCAUAGUUUGGGCCGGUCAAUACUCGUAAGCAACAAAUAUUUCAAGUUACACCAAAAAGAGCCUGGUUAUAGUGAAUUCUUCACAGUGCAAGGAAACUGUGUGGUUUUAAUUCACCAAUUUAUCAUGCUUGUAGUUAUUCUCGGCUCCGACUCAGUAAAGUUUCUAGAAUUAAGAAUUAGUUUCUAUUGAGUCAAAUUACGUUUUGACAUAUGCAGGAGAAGUUAUAAAUUAAUUAUUACUGGAAAUGAAAAUUUUCAGAUCCCCAGAAGAACAGGAAUUGAUCGAAGUAUGUUGUAUUAAUUAGACGAAGGAGUUGCCGCAAAACAAAGGGAACACAAAAUUACCUUCAAUCUUCGAAUGAAGUGAAUCACAGACAGUGAUCGACUUCUAGAGUCGUCAUUUCUGGGCUUAGGAAAUAAUCUCCUCAUUGACCGCGCCCGCGGUCGACAUAAAGACUGAAUAUUGUAGUUCUCUAAUUUUACAGAAUGUUGCGUAAUGUUUUGUAUUGUUUUUGACGAAUUACGCGACAUUGUGUGUAGUCUUCUUAGGACUAUAAAUAGUUAAGUUGCCAGUUAGAUAACUUGUUUUUGUAAUUUUUUUUUUGUUUGUGGAAGUUGUAUGAACUGUAACGCAUGUAAUACGGCAUUUGUCUAACGAUGUAACAAUUGUUCAUAGAUUUGUGCGUCACAACAGCAUAAGUUGUCAGAUUUGUUAACUAUUAUGUAAAAAGGCAAUAGCAGAAGUUGCUUCUUAUAUUUUUAUGUGUACAUAAUAAAAGACAUGCAAGUGAAGAAAACGC